AUGACACCAUGUGAAAAGCUGCCUUCAACAACACACCGUGUCUUAUAUGUCUUCUACAGACACCACGUGGAACUCUCCAGGAAGGUGCGCAAGGAAACCCCUCAAAAGCCAUUGCAGCUGGAAGCUAAAAAGACAUACCUGAGAACAGACGCAAAGACCGUCCUAGCCUUCUUCUCGUAUGCGACUUCGAGGUUUGACAGUCCGCCGUCUAGCAGCCAGAGCCUUGUCGUAUAUGGCGACUCUAGUUUAGUUUGCGGAUUGAAAUUUGAAGACGCCGAGCUUGAGCUUGAAGAGAUUCCGGAUCCAAAGGGGGGAAAAGCGGUGCUUGUGGCAUAUUUGAAAGGCUCUCUUGCAGAAAACAGAUUGACUAAGAACAACCUUCAGAACAUCAUUGAUAGCUAUCCGCCGCUUUACCGUGACACCUUUCAAGUGAGUUCCGCGCCACCUAUGCCAUAUCCCAUCAAGGACCUUCGAGAUGCCCGAGUUCGCGGUGCUUGGAGAAUCGCUGUUGGUAUUGCUGGAAGUAUCCACAUGGCCAUGCCCGUAUUCUUCGAUCCUUCACCAUCCGAGUCCCAUGAUAAGGCCGACCUGUGUGCCGGUUUUGGGAAGCCGAACAACCCUAUCACACGUGUUAUCCAGACUUUGAAGCCCAUCAAGACGGCGUUUGCCUCGGCCUCUACGAAUGAUAAGAAGAACACUCAAGUGGUCAUUGGCGCUAUUACAAUUAUGCAUGGCACAAGAACGGAAAGCAAUAUUUACAGCUUCAUUGUCGGCACAGAUCUUCACAAUGUUGUCCCAAUCACACUCUCCAGCCACCAAUGUGACUUUGUACUCGAGCUCUUCAAGACCAUUGUGACAGAUAAAUCUAUACUGUCGAUAGCAGACAAGAUACAGUUGGACCCCAUAUUACUUCAGGUGUUGUACGUCGCUCUCUGGGGGACCAUUCGGGUCGUGAGGUUCUACAAGAACAACUAUAACCGGGUCAGGAUCCCGGAUUUGCUGAUAAAUUAUGACGCGGUUUAUUUGAGGGACUGUGAUGACGAGUAA